GUUAACUUUCUUACUUCGAUGUGAUAAUCAUGAUUUUUGAACUUCAAUACUUAAGCAUUUUAUCUAUUGCUCUUUGAUUUCUAUACAUACAUGAUACUUAUGCGCCUACUCGGUCUAAUGGACACCCAAUAUUACUGUAUUUAUAUUUAUUUUAUUUUAUUUUGAGGGUAAUAUCGCGUGUGACUGUCGCAUUUUAGUAAUAAUCUGAAGACCAAAUUGUUUGAAAGUGUUACUGUAAUUUAUUAUCUUAGGACUUUACUGAGUGCAUAAUGGACCAAAGUAGCAUAACUCCAAAUACCUCCAAUCCAGAGUUGGAGAUAAAUGGUGAUAAUGAUUCCGCUACCACGUUGCUUCAGGAGAAGCAAACUAGGAGAAGAGAAACACUGAGAGAUGUUACUUUCAUUGAAUACAUGACUGUCGGAGUGCUGUGUUUUGUCAAUCUCAUCAAUUAUAUGGACAGAUUCACACUAGCAGGUGUGCUGGGUGACGUUAAAAAAGAAUUUGGCAUCGGCGAUGACAGUGCCGGACUCCUUCAGACUGUUUUUGUGGUGGCGUACAUGGUGUUCGCGCCAAUAUUCGGUUACCUCGGGGAUAGGCAAUCGAGACGCGCCAUCAUGGCGUUUGGGGUCGGACUCUGGUGCAUCACCACAUUUAUCGGAUCCUUCGUUACUAACUUCAAGUUAUUUGCUUUCUUCCGGGGCCUAGUCGGCAUCGGUGAGGCGUCAUACUCGACUAUAGCACCCACCAUCAUAAGUGACUUAUUUGUCGGCAACAUACGUUCCAAGAUGCUAGCACUUUUCUACUUCGCCAUCCCGGUUGGCAGUGGUAUGGGAUAUAUUGUGGGCUCAUUGGCGGGGGCCGCGGCCGGCAAUUGGCGAUGGGGUUUACGUGUGACUCCAUUUAUGGGUGUUGUGGCAGUGGCACUUAUCUUAUGGGUAAUGAUAGAUCCCGAACGUGGCCAAGCUGAAGACAGUCAAAUAAGACCGACUUCCUACAGAGAUGAUAUACGAGCGCUUGUCAAAAAUCGGUCUUUCAUGCUUUCGACGCUCGCGUUCACAUGCGUAGCGUUCGUAACAGGCGCCCUCGCGUGGUGGGGACCCCAAUUCAUAUAUCUAGGGCUCACCUUGCAACCCGACGUCGAUAUCACUAUAGAGAGCGUAUCGUACAAGUUCGGGCUGGUGGGUAUGUCGGCGGGCGCGAUGGGCGUGCCGCUGGGCUCCGCGCUCGCGCAGCGGCUGCGGCCGCGCCUGCUCGACUGCGACCCGCUCAUCUGCGGGUUCGCGCUGCUCGCGUCCGCGCCGCUCGUCUACUUCGGCCUCAUCACUAUCUCGGCGCACGUAGCGCUCACCUACGUACUGAUAUUCGCCGGGAUGGUCACGCUCAAUCUCACGUGGUCCAUCGUCGCCGAUAUCGUUCUGUAUGUUGUUAUCCCGCCUCGACGCUCUACUGCGGAGGCGUUCCAGAUUCUCAUAUCACACAUGUUCGGUGAUGCUGGUAGUCCUUACUUGGUUGGAGUGAUAUCAGAAAGUCUCAAGAGAUCUUUGUCUCCGUCCCCGUCAGAAAUGCCUUCUCAGAUUGUGCAAUUCCAGGCACUGCAAUAUGCUUUGUUUGUGACCUGCUUCGUAGAAGUCCUAGGAGGCAUAUUCUUCCUUCUAACGGCCGUCUACAUUGUUAAGGAUAAACAAACUGUAGACAGAGCAAUUGCUGAAAUUGCUGAGCAUCCAAGUACAGAACCAUCGCACAGUAGGGCUGAAGAAGAGAAUGUAAGUGGUGAAUAGUUGUAGGUAGGCUAGAAUAAUUUGGAAUUCCAUCAAUUUUAAAUCUCCUUAAAUGUAAGGGAGUUGUGAGUAUAUUUAACUUAUAUGCAUAUUAUGCUGCGGUCAAAUAACUGAAUUAAUUUGCAUAUCAGACAGUCAUGACAUUUCAAGCGCAGGUCUGAUUUAUUGUUUUAGUUGAAUAAUGUUAAGUAGAUUAAAAACACACCUCAUCUAGAUUAGCCUGCAAAAAUUUUGUGGUAGUCUGUAUUACAAUAUU